AUGCGACAAUCAUUACUUUGGGCACUCUUGCUUUGGCAGGCCACCCCGGGGCUCAGUACAAACGUUAAACAUUAUCACGAAACAUAUAAUGAUCAGGAUAUCCAAGAAGCUGGACAGAAUCAACACAUUGCUUCCCCCAAGAGUGAUGUGGUUGUAGAUCAAAGCCAACCUACUGGCCCCCAGCACGGGGCGGAGUUGGUUGAUGCUGCGAGAAUUGAGCUUUCCAAAGCUCCCCAACCUUUACAUCAACGAAAGCGAAGGCCAUCGGGUCUCGUAGGAACUGUCUUGCGUUACAUUUUGAAGGCCAUUCCAUCAAGCCCUGCAACGGCUCCAUCGCAAUCGCAAGAGACCAUCGUUGACGGCGCCCUAUCCAGAGCAGUUGAACUUCUCGAACAAGCUGCGCAACAAAACAACUCCGAUGCUCUCUACCUUCUUGCCGAGAUAAAUUUCUUUGGUAAUUACAGCCAUCCAAGAAACCUCGAGGUGGCCUUUAACAACUACCACCAACUUGCCAAUGUUUAUGGAAAUACGACGGCCCAGUACAUGCUCGGAGUCUAUUACUCUACAGGACUUGGCAAUGUGGUAGAUCGCGACCAAGCCAAAGCGCUUCUUUACUACACCUUCGCUGCCAUUCGUGGCGAUGCUCGUGCAGAAAUGGCAACAGGAUUUAGACACCAUGCUGGCAUUGGAACAACUAAAAACUGCGAAACAGCAGUGAAAUACUACAAGAGUGUUGCAGACAAAGCCAUCACUUGGUAUCGGUCGGGACCUCCUGGUGGUCGAUCUUGGGUUCACCAGUCAUGGCGAAUCUCUGAUAACGACGGAGGCAUCUAUGGCGAAGGUGCAAGCGCAUCUAGCUCUGGCAUGAACGCCUACAAACCUAGCCCUGGAUCUGAUGCCAAUGCUGCUAUAGAUGAUGUGAUCGAAUAUUUGGAUCUAAUGUCGCAAAAGGGCGACUCCAAGGCUUCAUAUAAUCUAGGCCGCAUAUACUAUGAUGGCCAGCGUGGCUUGGAACGAGACGUCGACCUUGCCCGCAAAUACUUUAUCCUGGUAGCAUCUCGCUACUGGAGGAAGGACGGACGUCUCCAUGAGAACCCCAAAGCCGGCAUCGAAAAGAUUGCAGGGAAGGCCGCUGGAUAUCUCGGCCGCAUGUUUUUAAGGGGAGAUGGCGUUGUCCAGAACUUUGAAAAGGCAAAACUUUGGUUUGAUCGCGGCGUUGAUCAUAACGAUGCCCAGUCUCAACAUGGUCUUGGUCUGAUGAUGCUUUACGGCCACGGCAUGAAGGAGAAUGUGAAGAAAGCUAUGGAUUUGUUCAAGUCUUCUGCUGAUCAGGAUUACGCUCCAGCCUUGGUACAGAUGGGGCAGCUUUACCUCGACCAAGGCGGCCAAGAAGACGUUAGGAUUGCCAACAAUUACUUUGAACUUGCCGGACGACACGGCAAUAUUGAGGCACACUACUACGUUGCAGAGAUGAUCCACCAUGGUGUUGGAAGAGAGAAGCUCUGUGGUGCUUCGUUGACGUAUUAUAAGAGUGUUGCCGAGAAGGCAGAGCCCCUGGUGUCCUCAUGGGGUGAUGCCAAUGAUGCCUUUGAGGCCGGCGAUUACGAACUUGCAUUCCUCGAGUACCUUCUGGCCGCCGAGCAAGGCUACGAAAAGGCGCAGACUAACGUGGCCUACAUGCUGGACUCGGUUCAAAACAAAAUCUCGUUGUCGUCGCUGGUUGGAAAGCCUCGAGAGAAAAGCAAGCUCCUCCAAAAUCCGACUCUGGCUCUCGUUUACUGGACUCGAUCAUCAAGGCAGUCCAACGUUGAUGCCUUGGUCAAGAUGGGCGACUAUUACUACCAUGGUAUUGGUACCGAAGAGGAUAUUUCAAAGGCUGUCCAGUGUUACACCGGAGCGUCCGAUUACUCACAAAGUGCACAGGCACUAUUCAACCUCGGAUGGAUGCACGAGAAUGGCAUCGGGUUGGUUCAAGAUUUCCAUCUGGCCAAGAGAUAUUACGAUCACGCUUUGGAGGUGAACGAGGAAGCAUACUUACCAGUAACUCUAAGUCUAUUGAAGCUUCGUCUCAGAAGUGCUUGGAACACCUUGACACAUGGACCUAUCCACUCCAUCCAGGACGAGCCCAAACCCAAGAAGGACAGGUCAUUUUCGGAAUGGGUCGCAAACUUCUUGCAGAACGAGGGCCAGGUAUUUGACGAGGAAUAUUACAAUGGCGGUGACUUGUACGACGGUGCUAUUGGGGACGGACAAGACACGGAAGAUGAUGGUGUUGUGGAAAGCAUUCUGAUUAUAGGAAUCACUUUUUCACUUGUGUUCCUUCUGUGGUGGCGACAGCGGCUUCAACAGGCCCAUCAACAAGCAGAAGAUGCUCGAAGAAGAGAACAGGGGCUUCCUCCCAACCCACGACCAGAUGCCCCAGGUGCUGAGUUCGGAUGGGGGGCUGCUGGAGGAAUAGUUUUGUAA